AUGCAAACGGAGGUGGAAAGCGUGGCAAGUGAAGAAGAUGAUCCUAGUGACAAAGCUACAAAGGCGAAUGAGGAAGUGAAAAUACACGAAACCCUAACAGAACCAAUGAAGGAUCCAAAGGAACGAAAGCUAUGUGUGGAUGUUCUGAGUGACAAUUGGAAUCCGAUGAAAGGCAGAGCGAUAAAAUAUGUUGCACCAAAGAUGGUGAAUGGUGAGGUGGAGGUCGAAAUUGAGAAGGAAGAUAUUGAAUCAGAGAUUCGCUUUUGGGAAAAUUCGAUGAUCCUGUAUGUCUUAGAGGGUGAUUUGAGCAUGAAUAUGUCGAAGAAUUACAUGAUAAAGACUUGGAAUUAUGUGAAACUCCCAGAUAUGUAUUUCCACGAUGAUGGUUACUUCCUGCUCCGAUUCAAUUCCUUUGAGGACAGGGAUGAAGUCAUGAUGAAAGAACCGUAUUCUAUAAGAAACAUGCAUAUGAUUUUGAAAGAAUGGAGACCUGAUUUUGACCUUAAGAAGGACUUGCUAAGGACACUUCCCAUCUGGAUCAAGCUUCCCAAAUUACCACUUCACCUGUGGGGAGAGCAUAGCCUUAAAAAAUAG